AUCUUGGUGAUUAUUGAUAACUCUAAUAGUACUAUGUUUCUAAUCGUUAAUGCUUUACUUACAAGUCAUGGUUAGGAUUUAAAACUAAGUCUAGUUCACGUAUCCUGAUCGACCCACGCGUUGCUGACAAAAUGUGGCCGGGCUUUACAUAUUCUCUGACUCUUGAUAUGCUGUCUCAUUUAUCCUACGUUUCUGAUCAGAUUCGUCCCUAAUAAAGCAAGAAAAUGUUUGCAAAUGAUCAAGUUUCAUACUGCGUUUGUGUUUCAUCGUUAGUUAUAUCUCUACUGUAUUAUCCAUUUUAUCCAGAUUUCUUAAGAGGGUAUUGUAGCCUCUGUUCAGUAAUAUAAACUUUCAUUAAUCACUUUACUAUUUUUUCAUAUUUUCCCCAACUAAAAAUCUUUUCAUCCUUCAAUCUUAUUCUUUAUCUGUUAAGUGGCCAUUGUUUUUUGUUGCCUUUGGAAUUCACGGUCAAAAUUAUGAUACUAAAUAAUACAAUGAUCACUUACACACAUAAAUACAUAUACACGCAUUCAUAUACAUAUAUAAAUCAAUCUAUCCAUCCGGAUAUCUAUCUGUCUGUCUAUGGAACUGUCUACUGUCGGUCUAUACGUAUCACAUACGAUUUUGUUUCCUGCUCUUCCCCUCUUUGUUUUGUUUACAAUUUGGUCUCAUGAUUCCUUAUCUCCACACUGUGCUUAUCAGCUGCUUCCGGGGAGAACCUGAUUCGAUGGAGGGAUGCCUUGGCUUUUUCUUGAUUUCCUUUGACGGCGAUACAAGAUUAGGAAACGGGUUAAAGGGAUUAUCUUGAGUUCCUCGAUGCUCUGACGUCAUUCUUCUACCUUAUAAGGCGAAACUAUCGUCCAGACAAGUCACUCGAAAAGAGGAUCUCACAGAACACCAAAUAUCUCAAUCUUGUGUCUACAUUAAUUUGAAAAUGUUCGAUAUUAAGUUUCACAGCUUGGUCGCGUCUCUGUCGCUGCUGGUCGUCGCAGGAGUGAGUCACGGCCUCCCAGCCGCCGUCACGGCCCCUCCUCAGGUGGCCGCUCAGUGCCCCUACACGCCGGGGCCGAUCCCUCUGCUGCUGCCCAACCCCGUCGACUGCGGCUCCUUCUACAUGUGCAGCUGGUACGGGACGGCCCUGUUGCAGCACUGUCCUCCUAUGCUACACUUCAACGCCAAGCUGCAGGUGUGUGAUUCUCCUGCAAACGCCAACUGUGUCCAGAGAACCACAGCCGCUCCUGUUUCCAUCACCACCACUGCUGCCUCAAUAUCUAAUAUGACUUCAGCUGUUCCAGUCUCCAACGUAACUACAGUUGUCCCAACCUCCAAUAUAACUACAGCUUCUCCGAUCAGCACUGUAACCACACCUGUUACUAUCGCCAAUGCGACCACUGCUGUUCCUUCUCCUUUGUGACCGCAGCGGUUUCAGUGUAACCGCAGCUGCAUUCAGUUGUUCUAAUCUCCUGUAUCUCCAGUUGCUCCAGUAUCCAGAGUAACUCAAAGGGACGAUAACAAUUGUCAUCAAAAUGUUUCUUCGUAUAUCAUAUUUUAUUUCGGAAUAAACUUAAAAAAAAAAAAAAAAAAAAAUUGGACGUUCAUUUCCUGAUUCUUCUUGAUUUACAAAACUCAAAAAAUAAAUCUUAUAAACUUUACAAAACAAUUGAAGUGAAGAAAGAUUAAAGAACAUUACACAUGGACACUCGUACAAUAUAAUGAAGAGAAAAAUAAAGAAAUAAUUUACAAAUAAGAAUUAAAGCUGUUGAAAGACAGAUUGACAACGUAGUAAAGAGCAAAAUAAAGACAUAAUUACAAGGUCACGAUUGCUCUCACUGCAGAAUAAGGUCAAGUCAAGAAUUUACUGGCGUUAGGAAAUCUGAAGACAACCGGUCCCCAGGUCUUCUGAAGGCGAGUGCACCACAGGACUAAGAGGCAUGAAACACUGCACUCCAUUUUCUGGAAAAAGGGUCGUAUGUUGCGUGCAAAUAUGUGCACAGUGGGACGAGGCUUGUCAAGGAUCAGAAAAUAUGCAAAGAUGCAUUUAUGUACCUUCUUUUACUAGCGUUGGUUCGGGAAUUCAAAUGACUGCACUGAUAUUUCGUAAGUUUCAAAUAUUUGUGUCGGUAGCUGUGAACAAUAGGUCUUAAUCAAUAUUGUUCCUUUCAGGAAUUUGCAUUUAUAACCCCAUGGAUUGUGAAUCAUAACAAGCAGUGUUCUGUAUGCUACGUUGAUCAUUCCAUUCUCCGUUGUGGGUACAGAGCUUCAUGCCCAACUAUCUAGUCACUUACCCGUCUUCUACAAAUGUAUGUAUUCAAUUCGAUUUCAUUCUUAUUUUAUCACUUAUUUUCUUCUCUUUCUUUCGUCCUCCUGUUUUAAGGAGAGGCCAUUAUUUUUCUUUAGUUUUCUGUUGCCUUUGAAAUUCACGGUCAAUAUUAUAUGAUACUACAUAAUCCAAUGGUUACAUACACAUAUACACAUGCGCGCACGGAUGCAUAUAUAUGUAUAUAUACACAUAAACAUACAUAUAAGUACAUCUAUCCAUCUGGUUAUCUAUCUAUCUGUCUGUCUAUGGAACUGUCUACUGUCGCGUUUGUAUGUGCCACACACGAUUUUGCUUCCUGCUCUUCCUUUUGUUUUGUUUACAAUUUGCUCUCAUGAAUCCUUAUCUCCACACUGUGCUUAUCAGCUGCUUCCGGGGAGAACCUGGUUCGAUGGAGGGAUGCCUUGGCUUUUUCUUGAUUUCCUUUGACGGCGAUACAAGAUUAGGAAACGGAUUAAAGGGAUUAUUCUGAGUAUGUCGAUGGCUGUGCUUUGACGUCAUUCUUCCAACUUAUAAGGCGAAACUAUCGUCCAGACAAGUCACUCGAAAAGAGGAUCUUAAAGAACACGAAACGUCUCAUUCAUCUGUCGACAUUUUUAGUUUUGGAGUCUUCGAUAUGAAGUUUCACAGCUUGGUCGCGUGUUUGUCGCUGCUGAUCGUCGCAGGAGUGAGUCACGGCCUCCUAGCCGCCGUCACGGCCCCUCCUCAGGUGGCCGCUCAGUGCCCCUACACGCCGGGAGAGUACCCUCUGCUGCUGCCCAACCCCGUCGACUGCGGCUCCUUCUACAUGUGCAGCUGGUACGGGACGGCCCUGUUGCAGCACUGUCCUCCUAUGCUACACUUCAACGCCAAGCUGCAGGUGUGUGACUCUCCUGCAAACGCCAACUGUGUCCAGAGAACCACAGCUGCCCCCGUCUCCAGCACCACUACUGCUGCUUCAAUCUCCAAUGUGACAUCAGCUGUUCCUGUCUCCAACAUAACUACAGCUGCCCCAAAUACCAAUAUUACAACAGCUGUUCCAAUCCACAAUGCGACCGCAGCUGUUAUUUCUCCAGCGUGACCACAUCUUUUCUGUAACCUCAGCUGCAUCCAGCUGGUCCAUGCUACACAUACCCAGUGUUCAGGGUAACCACGCCCGGACCAGACUUUAGAGUACGAUGAGUCACUAUCAAGAUGGUUCCUAAUGUGUCAUGCAUUAACUCUGCAAUGAACUU